AAUUACCUGCUGUCCCUCCCAGUCCUCUAGCUAAUGCAGCUACACACUAUUUAUACACUGUCCCUGCACUUACAUAAUAGAGGAUAGCUGGGAGGAUAAUGCUGUGUGUGUGUGUGUGUGUGUGUGGUUCCUCCAGGAUCACGCGGUUACUGAUAGAGCAGGACGGAGAACAGUGGAGAGAGAAACUACCUGAGAUCCCUCUGGUCCCACUAUCAGCUCAGCAGCACCGCAGGGAGGAACCACCCAGCGCUGAGGUCCUACAGGCCAGAGCAGAGAAGGCCAAGCAGCACGCAGCUCAAAAAACAGAAGUCUGUUUCAAUUCGCUGAAACAAGAAGGAAAUGAGUUUGUGAAGAAAGGUCUGUUCCAGGAGGCUCUGAGGACGUACAGCGAAUGCCUUAAGCUGAAGCCAGAGGAAUGUCCCAUUUACACCAACCGAGCGCUGUGCUUCCUGAAGCUAGAUAUGUUUGCUGAAGCCAAGCAGGACUGUGACUCUGCCCUGAGGCUGGAGCCAGCCAAUAAGAAGGCCUUCUACAGACGGGCCAUGGCCAAUAAAGGCCUCAAGGACUACCUGGCGUGCAGCUCUGACCUACAGGAGGUGCUACAGCAGGAUCCCAAUGUAGCGGAGGCUGAGAAGGAGCUGGAGGAGGUCACUCUGCUGCUCAGACAGAGUCUGGCCCGGGGAUCACCUAGCAACCCCAGGAGGACUGUACCCAUCACUGAG